AUGUCUAACGUAUUUUUUGAUGUCUCGGCUGAUGGCCAACCAUUGGGUAGAAUCACCUUCAAGUUGUAUGACGAUGUUGUCCCAAAAACCGCUGAAAAUUUCAGAGCUUUAGCCACUGGUGAAAAGGGUUUUGGUUACAAAGGUUCUAUUUUCCACCGUGUUAUUCCAAACUUUAUGUUGCAAGGUGGUGAUUUCACCAACUUCAACGGAACUGGUGGUAAGUCCAUUUAUGGUACCAAGUUUGCUGAUGAAAAUUUCACCAAGAAGCACGACAGACCAGGUUUGUUGUCAAUGGCCAAUGCUGGUCCAAACACCAACGGAUCUCAAUUCUUUGUUACUACUGUCCCAUGCCCAUGGUUGGAUGGUAAGCACGUUGUCUUUGGUGAAGUCACUGAUGGUUUCGAUAUCGUCAAGAAGAUUGAAUCUUACGGUUCAGGAAGCGGUGCCACUUCAAAGAAGAUUACCGUCGACAACUCUGGUCAAUUGUAA